AUUCGGUCGUCGUCGUCGGUCGUCAACGACUCUAAAUAAAAAACGAGUCUUAAAUAUUGUUAUCAUUAAUAAUAUCGCGUCGACGUCGUUACGUCUUCAAGACUUGAACGCGGACACGUCACGUCGUCCCUCCUUCUCAUCGGCGUCGGUCGAUACGCAAAGAUUAUAAUAUUUUAUUAACAUUACAAGAUAAUAUUAUUAUAGGACGUACCCAACAUUAAGGACGGAAACGAGCGAAAUAACUUUUUUAAAAGCCAAAUCUAUACGCGUCUAUCCACGACGAUAAAGCGAUUUAUCGAUAAAAAAUACCGUGCGCGAUUCGGCCAAUGCCGUCGAGUGUCGAUCGCCGUCGUCGACUUCGCGGGAAAGUCGUGUGGCCGGCGAUUGCGCGUGGCGGCGAUAACGGGCGGGUGAUAUUAUAAACAUUAUAAAAAGAUAAAAACGCGCACGCACCGAGCGGCGAGUGCGACGGCGGUGGUUGUCGCUGGGUCGGACGGGAUUACGACGACGAAAGGUGAAAAUCCUCGCGCGGAGUUAUCACGACGAUAACAGUACUACCUACCUAUGGGUAGUGUAAUAAAAUAAACAACGAUAAUAGUAAUAAUAUUUACGGACAAUAAUUAUGAUCUCAUCGCCGUCGGAAUCGUAUCGGAGUGUCAAGUAGCAACACCGCGCCGCGAUCACCUCCCGAGAACUCACGUAGGUAGUCUUUCGCGUGCUCUUUCGUUCGGUCGACGUUAUGACGACGUGCCAUCGCCACCGCCGCCGAUGCGAUAGAUGAAAAACGCCAUCGGCCGUUGCGUCUCAUCACAGCAGCCGACGACCAGACAUGGAAGCCGUGGUCCAAUUCGAUUACGCGGCCCGCGAACCCGACGAGUUGACGUUGAAGAAGGGAGACGUCAUCACCGAUGUCAAGCCCAUGCCCGACGGAUGGAUGGAAGGACACAAGGACGGCAAGAAAGGAAUGUUUCCCGACACCUACGUUAAGAUUGUUCAUAAUUCUGGCGGCGUCGUUUUGAGAAAAAAAAAUGCCAGAAAGUGUAAGGUGUUGUUCAGUUACAAACCAGCAAACAGAGAUGAGUUGGAGUUGAACAUAGACGAUGUAAUCGAGGUUCUUGGCGAAGUCGAGGAAGGUUGGUGGAAAGGAGAGCUUAGGAAUGAAAUUGGUGUUUUUCCAUCCAACUAUGUCACUGAAAUAUCAGACGUUAAAAGUAUUAUUAUUAGUAGAAGUGACUCAAAAACUUCAACUGGAUCCCUCAAGAAAGAAGAAAGCAUCAAGAAAGAAAAAUCUAUUGUGGAACCAAUCAAAACUGCUGAUAAUAAUAUAGAACCCAAUGCUCCAGUUCUGCCUCCAAAACCAGCUAAAGAAGUUUGUGUUGCACUAUUCCCUUACGAAGCUGUCAAUAGUGAUGAACUAUCACUGGCUGAAGGCGAUAUAGUUACUAUUUUAUCACGUGAAGUAGAAGACAAAGGCUGGUGGAAAGGAGAACUUAAAGGAAGAAUCGGAGUGUUUCCUGAUAAUUUUGUUCAAAUAAUGAAUCAAGAUGAGUUGGCAACUAAAUCUGAAAAAACUGUUAGUAGUCCACGUAGCGGCACAACGGCAUCACUGCGUAAAGUUUUUCAGAGCCAAAUGGAAAAUAAACCUUUGGGACCAGUGGUGAGCAAAAAACCAGCUCUGCCACCACCACCGCCUACGACCAAAAAACCACCCACUGCCAAAAGUUCUUCCACGUCUUCUUUGUCAAAAACUAUUAGUGGUAUUAAAUCCAUGUUGAAUUCUGAACAAAAUACCACGGAUAAGAUGAAGCAUAUAAAUUCUGAAAUUGGGGAUUCUAAACAAUACGGCUCUAUAGCUGUAAAACGUUCAGAGUCUGUGGGUUCCAUGAAAAAAACCUCGGAUUCGCCAGAUGGAUCAAGUAUGAGUAGAUCAAUAUACCACGUUACGCCAGAAUCGUCUCCUACAUCAUUAGUGUUUACAAAUCAUGAUAACAAUUCUCCUGAGCUUAAGAGUCCUGAUUUCGAUCAAAUAGAGAGAACUGCAAUGCUCAGUCAUCCAACAGCAUCUCGAGCUAAGGCACCUAGAAGGAGGCCACCGUCUGCAGCGUUUAAUGUAUCCACUGAGGAGGAUCCAGCAUUGGAUCCCCCACCAACAAACGGAAUACCCGGUGUGGAUAAAGAAAAGGCCCCGUGGGUUCAAGAGUUGAAGAUGAAUCAGGCAAAGAAAUCAUCGAUCGCUAAUUCUGUGAUAGGUGGUGGUAGAACACGAGUGAUGAUCAAUCCGUCUACAACCACCAUAACAUCAGAAAGUUCAUCAGAAACCACAACAGUAACAUCCAGAUCAGGAUUGACCUCAGUGGGCUUGGGCGGUGUUGUUUUUAAACCUCCUGGUUAUGUGCCACCUCUGACCACGCCUGAACCAGUCACAGUUAGCACACCAACCAGUCCUGUUGCACCUAUAUCAGCCGAUUUUAGUCUGUCAACGACAUCAGUAGAUGGAAAUCUAAUAUCAGUGUUAAAUGAGAAGGUGAAACAAUUGGAGUCCACCGUUCAACUACAAAAUAGUUUACUUGACAAAUUGUCGACAAAGUUGGAAGUGGAAAUGGAAAAGCGUAUAGAGAUCGAGAAAGAAAUGAAAAAGAUUAUGGAACUCGUAACAAGAGUUUGACUUAGACAACAGUAUUUCCAUAUAAAUUAAUAGUUAAAAUGAUGAAAAGAUAAUCGUUUUAGUUUGUUUAUUUCACGAGUAGCCAUGCAUUGAAUAUCAUGAUUACCUUAAUUGUAGGUACAUUUUUAAUCAAUUAGUAUCGGUAUUAAAAAUGUAUUCAAAAAGUCAACGCCAGAACUCUAAUCUCAAUUCUGUGUUCUGUGUCUUCUGGAAAAUUAGUAUUGAUUAUCAUCUUUUGGGGUUACCUAUAUGCAUAUCCUUUGCACAUUUAUUUUUUAUUCUUCUAGUCUUUAGAGUCUAAUAGUUCAUCAUCUUCAUUAAUAUUUUUAAUUAAGUAUUAUUAUAAUUAUUAUUGUAUUCUAAUCAUUCCUUGAAUUUUUUAGUUAAUUUUGAUAAACUAAAUGUGAUAAAAAGUGGCAUUUCUGACAGAAAAUUAUUGAUUCAGUUUUCACGCUAUUACCUCUUACUUCUUAGUACUCAAUAAAAACAAAAUUCUAAAUCUCAUUGGAUAAUCAAUACAAUUUGUAUUCUAUUAUAAUAUCUUAAAAGUAACAUAUAAAGAUAAGUACUUCGACUGUAUCCUGCCACCUGAAUUUAUUUAUUAAAUACAUUUUACAGUGAUUUUUUUACCUACUUUUUUAACAUUCCUUAGAGUUACACACAUUAUUAUUCAUUAUAUCUAAAAAAAAUGUACUUACUCAGAAUUGUUUUUAGUAAUAGUGUACAAUUAGUGUGUUCUGUUAAGUUUCGUUAUGUAUAUUUAGACUGCCAGGAACUAUGGCGUCUAUGGUGUUUGAAAAUCGAUUUAUGGAAAAAUUAAUGUUGAUAAUCGGAUGUUCAGUUGUAAUUUUAUUAAGUGGUUUGCAAAUCGAUAUCCAUUUAUUUACUCUAUUAUAAUAUAAAUUAUAUUUUUAUAUGUUUAUUAAUUAAUUCCCUAGUCCAAUUUUUAUACCGCUAAAUGUUUAAUGUGCUAAAAAAUUAAUUUUUUUAUUUUACACGCAAAUUAUUCAGUCAUGGCUAAACCGUUUACUACCAUUAUUAUGUUAGCCUCUAAUUUUCUAUUUUAUAUGAAUUGUAUUGAUUUUAUAAUAAUUUUAAUAGUUUUUAUUUUAUACUAAUUUAUUUUUAGAAAAUAUUUAGUUUAAUUCUUGUUCAACGAAUUGUGUACAUAGUAUAAUGUAUUUGAUAGUAUUAAAAUGAAAAAAUUAUGUGCUUAAAAAAUAGGCAAACGACUGAUUUUGCACACAAUAUGCUCUACAUGGCAUCAUGUCAUGUCUUACGAAAUUAAACAUAUUACUCCUCCCCCUCUCCCCCCUAAACGACUGUCCCACAAACGACCAGUAAUAUUUAUUUAGUUAAUUUUUAUAAUGCAUACCUAUAUUUUCAUAAAUAAAAUCUUGUAAUAGCGAUUAUUCAGACAAAUAAUUACAAACAUUUUGUAAAAAUUAUUUUUCAGAAAUGUGAAAUGUCUAUUUAAGCCAAUAAUAAUGUUAUACGAUGAUUUACCAUUGAUUAUUAUAAAUAUUUUUAUCAUAGAAAAAUGUAUGAUUAUCAUAAUUCAAAUAUUAUUAUUAUUAUUAUUAUUAAAAUUAUUAUUACUAACUAUUGUAAGUUGUCCAACGGUGUCAUAUAUAUUUUAUAAAUUGUUAAUUUUUAUUUCCAAUAAAAGUAUUAAAAAUAUAUUCAUAUGUAA